GGGUGUGCUGUACUACUCCAGGAACACCAGCUGCAGGAGAAUCUAUUGUUUUGUGCUCAGAUGAACUGAACGUUUUCCAAUGGUCUUCCACUAAAUGAAGGCAGUUUCCUGAGCAGUGUGUUAGACGUCAUUCCCUGGGCAGCGUGAAUGAAGGAGCUUAUUUCUGAAGAGAGAAACAGAAAUUUCAGGGAAGAGGCUUUGGAGAAGCAUAAGCCAGAAAACAUGACCCAACGGCAACAGGUGAUCCGAAUCACCUACCUGAUCACAGCCCUGGACCUGACUUUCCUGUUCAUGCAGAUUGGAAUCAUUCCAUAUUUGGCAAAGAGUCUGGGUCUGGAUUCAGUUGACUUUGGCUACCUUCAGACAAUCUUUGGUGUGCUCCAACUUCUGGGAGGUCCUGUUUUUGGAAGGUUUGCUGACCGGUUUGGUGCUCGGGCUGCAUUAACGCUUUCAUCCUUCGCUGGAUUUGUCUUAUUCCUGCUGCUGUCUGUCUCCACCAGCACCCCACUUCUCUUUCUGUCCAGAAUUCCAGCCAUAUUCAUGCAUGGGCUUCCAGGUGCCCAGAUGGUCGUUACAGAUCUGACUCCUCCUCCUCAGCGUGCAGAGGCAUUAGGGAAGCUUGGCCUCUGUUUUGGGGUAGGAAUGAUCAUUGGAUCCUCACUGGGUGGAACUCUUGCCACAAAAUUUGGCAUUUACUUUCCUUCAUACAUUGCACUAGUGGGAAGUCUCAUAAACACAGUGAUAGUAAUGACCUGCAUUCCUGCUCACACGAAGCCAAAGUCAGAAGGAUGUGCCAUGCAGCAAAGUUUGUUCCUGAUUAUGUUCUCCAUCAUCUCUAUGGAUUUCUUUGGACUGGAGGCAGCAGAGUCUGGGUAUCUGCUGGCAUAUUUCGGUGUUCUUCAAAUGGUGAUCCAGGGCCUGGUAAUUGGAAGGUUAACUAAUUACUACACAGAACAUACCCUACUCAUGUUGGGCGUUGUCGUUUUUGGUGGCGUGGGGCUAGCCUUGGCUCUGAUGACCAACGUGUUCCAUUACUGCAUCAUCUCUCUCCCCAUGGUGUUUGCUUUCUGCACCGUGGGCGUCAUCACAGACAGCAUUCUCACCAAGGCCGUUCCCCCUUCGGACACCGGUGCCAUGCUUGGGAUAUGUGCAUCAGUUCAUCCCCUGAUGCGGACUGUGGGCCCAACAAUAGGUGGACUUUUGUACAAACAAUUUGGAGUCUCAUCCUUUGGUUACUUGCAGCUGGCUGUCAACCUAGUUCUGUUUUUGUAUCUUUCAAAGAAUAAAAUCCCCCCUAAAGAGGAAAAAGUUCAAUAAUUCAGGCUACACAGAAGUUUACCCCUUUGUCCAUAAAAAUUAAAAAGCACUUUAAAACCCCCCCCCAUAUAUGAGUGUAUUUUGACUGCAGCAACCAAGAUUGAAAAUAAAAUGCAUUAAACCACUUCUGCAUAUUUCUGCCAUGGAUAUACUUAGAAAGCUACUACUUACAAAGCCUUGCAAUAAUUCAUGGAGCUGACAGAUUGCAGAUACUCCAGAGCCUUCGCAGAUGAAAAAGUCAUUUGUAAUUGUAUAGCAAGCACUUAACAAACAGGACUGGACCAUCAGCUGUUGUUAAUUAGGAUACCUCCACUGAAGUCAAUAGGGCUAUACUGAUGGAUAGCAACUGGAAAUCCACUCCCCCUUUCUCUCUGUUGUAAUCAAUGCCUCCAUCAGGCCCAUACGGCAAAUGUUAGAGUGACAAAAGAUAUCAGAACUAAUGAUUCCAUUCAGUUUACCAAUAGAUGCAUGCAUCAUCUCUUGCACUACUAGUGUGGAAGUAAAGGCACAUUGGCCAGUAUUUUCAGGGGAAGCGUCCCUACUGUUGGCUCCCUAAAUCCAUACUUAAACCAUGCAGCAUAUACAGUUUAAUAUAGCAUUUUGCACAAAAAGACGUAAGUGGAGAGAGCAUUUAUGGCUUAGUGUUAAGCCAGCAUCGGGCAAUCCAUAAUAAAACACAGCUUUUUAUUUAGAUGCGUGUAGUAUACAAGGGCUGUACAUGUUGCUUUUUCAUGUGGCAUAUACAAAUCUCACUAGAGGAGGGAAGGCAGGCUAAAAUGCAGCAAUACAAGACAGGGGGGAAGAAACAAGCAGGGUUGGAGCAGAAGACAAGGAAACUGUACUUUUUCCUACUUCAGUAAUCAGACAUUUCUAUACAUGUUUCUCUCUACCUACCAUCCAUACACAGGUAGAGAACUAGGUCUUUCUUCUGUACAUCCCAAGAGGUGACAUCUACAAGCCAUCUUCACACAGCAAAACAUUACUUACCCAGGCCUUGACUCACACUUGACUUCACUGGUCCUCUUGGUUUUGCACAACCAUAGUCUUUCCCAGGACCCUUGUUUUGUUAGCCCCUUUUUGUUAACCUCAUUUCUGCCUACGUUGCUUUUGGUUGCUACAUGCUGUUUUUAUUACCUGUAAUUCCCUGCAAUGCCCUCAAGCAAGAAUUGAAGCAAGUAGUUUUAGCUGGUUAACAAUUUCAGGUUCAGGCCAGUGGUAGGCAACUGAAGAUCUUGCAUUCAAGUCAGCUUUUAGUGCCGAUUGCUUCCCCUGCACCACCCCAUCCUUAUACCCCCACCUUCCCAGUGUUGUAGGUAUAGAGGCUGUCAUUUUAUGUUAACAGAAUUGGUGAUAAGUCUUGCAAGAUUUUACUUUAGUACACCCCAAAGUUCUCCAAGCCCUUAGAUUAUGUAUACGUUAUAAGAGCAAACAAUCCAAUGGCACUUCCAGCUUUUGCAUUAAAAUUGGAAAAGCCUGAGAACAGCCUCUUUCCUUCACCAUGCCUGAACUUUGCUGGAUCUAGAAACUGUGGAGACAUAGGGAGAUGAAAGACAAGGUAGGUGCAUGUGUAUACAUGCAUGCCUUUCAAAACCUGACAUUUCAGGUCAGUCCUUAUGUUAUCCUGAAACAGGUAAUCUGUAUCUCUGCUUCAAGAAGUGGGAAAGUACUUGCUUAUUUUGAGGGUUAAGACAGGUUAUCCUGCCCCCUCUAUGGUAUGGGGUUGUUUCAGAGGAAGAUGAAAGCAACAGUUGCUGGAUUCCUGGUUAGAUAGACCAGAGGCUUACUAUAUUGCAACAAUUUCCAUGUCACUAGUUUAGAUACAACUGUGAAUGUCUACACUAGAUGCUUGAAGUGCAGUACACCAAUUCUACUGUGCAUUAGUGCAGCAGACAAAACCCAUGCUAUUGCACAGUAGAAUUAGUCUACCACACAUUAGCAUCACCAAAAAAAGCAUGUGCCAGUGAUAACGCACAGUAGUGUUGAUUAUGAUGCAUUAAGGUAAUACCUAUAAUUACAGGUACUAAACUUAAUGCGUUGUAAUUACAGCACAUUAAUGAACAUGUAGACAUGUAGCCCCCACUGAGCUUUUGUUUGGAAACCAACUGAGACAGGACCUUCUCCCCUGUCCCCUCCAUUCCCCCCCAAGAUAGAACAGCUUUCUGGUGCCAGAGAACAUUGGUCAUUUUAGUGCUAGCAGAAGUGUCAGUGUUACUAUAUUGCCUCUCCAGAUGGAGUCUGAACUCUUAGCGCCACAGCAUGCUGCAAUAAAAAUUACUGCACCAGAUUGUAUAGUAAUAAAAAAGUGAACAUUUCAAGUAAUUUAUUUGGAAUGGACACAUUAAUGCAAAAAAA